UAUUCCAACACAACGACUUACAACAAUCAACAUCACCAAUCAAGAAUAUCCUCAUUAGUCAUUUAAACCCACCACAACAAAAAUGAACCGUCGACAAACUUCUUGGUCGAAUUUGCCGCCGGAGCUGCUAUCCGCCAUUGCCAUACGCCUCGAAACUCGGUCCGAUAUCCUCAAGUUCCGGGCAGUCUGUCAAAAUUGGCGGCAAUCAGCAACUUUCUCUCUCCUCCUCCAUAAAAACAUCUUAUCACCUCUCUUACCCCACAAACUCUCAACCACUUCUCCACCUCUUCUUAAUAAAAACGGCAAUUGCGUCGACAUUCUAGGAAACCCAAUCUCCUUUAAAAUAUUAUUAGUAGCAAGUUCUGUUUUUCUCCUCCGAUCAUCUCAAAAUCCAGAGCUCCCACCUUGGUUAAUUACCGUUGAAGAGGUAAAUCCAGGUAAAUUUUACUGCCGAAAACCCCUUUCUCGAGUUAACAUCAAAGAUUUGCCAGAAAAUUUCCCAAAGGUUUUGCAUUUAUCUGAUUUUAAAGUGACUGAAAUUGGUAAAUUCUGUACUUUAAGGUUGGCAGAUAAUCCUUUGGACAUGUUUCGGAAAAAGUGUUGGAAAUCUAGUAAUAAGGUGGUUUUAUUCGUAGAUCCCAAUUGUAAAAACACCCCUACAAUUGAUAAUUGUACUGCAAUGGUGUUGUAUGAUAAUGGGACAUUAUCUGCAAUUAGGCUUAAAAAUGAGCAACAAAAACAUAUUAGUCCUAAAGGGAGGAAGUUUGAUGAUAUUGUGAAUAUGAAGGGAAAAUUAUAUGCUGUUGAUCGGCGAGGAAGAGCGUAUAAGAUGGAUUAUAAUUCGUUAUCGAUGCGGGAGAUCGUAGACAAGCCAUUGAGUGAUGGUUCAUCAACUGAUAAAAGGAAGUGUUUAGCUGUGUUAUGGGGUGAACUCUACCUUGUUUGUAACUGUCCUGGAAUUGGUACCGAUUUCGAGGUCUAUAGGUUGAUGGAAAAGGAGGAAGAAUGGGAACAAGUGAAAGGUAUAGGUAAUAAUAUACUUUUUGUGACAUAUGAUGGAUGUUUCUUUGCUAGGACAAAGGAUUUUCCUGGAUGGAGAGGCAAUACUAUUGUGUACUAUAGUGAUACUUUCCCUCAACUUAAUGGUGAAAAUUUUGAACUUACUUCUGAUCUUUGGACGAAAGAUGAUGAACUUGGCAUUGGUGUUUUCCACUAUGGGCAUGGUAAUGGUUGGCCUAUAUCAAAUUCUCGACUAUAUUCUGAUGUGUUCUGGCCACCCCCAGCGUGGCUUUCGCCGGAUACAAAUUUGAGCACAAGUACUUCUGAAGAAGAAGAUGAAGAGCUAGAAAAUGAUUCAUCAGGUCAAAGUACUUCACAACCUCUAGCGCAGGUAGAAACAUCACAAGCUGCAGGUAACAUUCGAAAUGUUUCAAUGGACAUCACUUCUGCUAAGACUACUCAAUAUGAUGUUUACAAGGGAAAGAUCCCAGGAGUUUAUGUGAGUCCACAAUUUGUCCCAACUUUGAACAAAAUAUGGGAUAAACAUGGAAACAUAAUAGCACAAACACAAGGACAACAUGUGAUGCAAAACAAUGACCAACUAAAAUGGGCAUUAGAGUCACUUGCAAAUACUGUGAUGCUUCUACAAAGUCCAUCAGGGAUGUGCUUAAACGACUCUCAAGUUGCACAGUUAAAUUCAACCGUGUAUCAACUUCAAUGUAUGCAUUUUAAAUUGGACUGGCUACAUCCUUUCAUACAAAAAGCUUUGGCACUGCACAAGGGGAACCAACAACUGAAUUUUAUUAAGGGGCUUGAGAUUUCGAAAUCAAACCUUCUUGCGCAGUUGCGUGAUGUAGAAUGCGGAUUGGCUAAACACAGGAAACUCGCGGUUGAAACCUUUGUAGCUUUACCUCCAGUAGAGCUAAAGAAUGUGCUUAGCUGAAGGACAAUGUGCAAUGUAGUUUUGAGUUUAGAAGUUAUAUCAGGGUGAAUAUGUUCAAUAUUUUUGAAGUAGAAUGCUUAUGAAGGUUUGCUUAAAAACCUAAUAUAAGCUAUGAUCACUACAGUUUGUAACACUUCUAAUUUCUUAGUAGUAUAUUGUGUAGAAAA